CCCCCCCCCCAACUCAUUUCAUACUUUUUCCUAUUAUUCUCUCAAUCUCUCCUGCUUGUCUUCCACACUUGUAAAACUACAAACAUGGAGGGGCUCAAGGGUUUUCAGUUGUGCUUCAUUGCCAUCUCUUCAAUGGCAUUAAUGAUGUCUAUAAUGCCAGUAUUUGGGCAGAUCAAUACUGGAUGCACAAACACAAUGAUCACUGGCUUCUCCCCAUGCUUGAGUUACAUUACAGGAAGUAGUGCUAAUGGGUCUUCACCCACUUCUGCUUGUUGUAAAUCACUUAGUUCACUUGUGAGAAGUAACAUGGAAUGUGCUUGCCUCGUCAUCACCGGAAAUGUUCCUAUUAUUUUACCCAUCAAUCGGACCCUCACGGUCUCCCUCCCUAGUGCUUGUAACAUGUCCAGCGUCCCCUUACAGUGCAAAGCCGCUGGUUCUCCUCUUGCUGCUCCAGGUCCUCCGGCAUUUGGGCCAACUCUGCCUCCCACUGCUUCCCUUUCCCCUAGUCCUACAGCUUCUGCAAUCCCGGAAUCAACGGGUCCAGCUCUGGCACCACAACCGGAAACCACUACAGGAUUACCUCCAGUAUCUUCACCGGUGAGCUCAGAAGGUCCGGCAGCAGCAGGGAUCCGGCCAGUAUUGACCCCAUCAGCUGCCUAUCCCUCCCACAGUUCCUCACCAUUUCUCCUAUCAUUUGUCAUUGGAGUCGUGGUUUUGAACUACCAUUGAAUUGAACCCUAUCUUUGUCAACCAUGUAAAAUUAUUUCAUGAUUGAAUGUCCUAUGUAUGGUUUUUUUUUUUUUUUUUCCAAAUUUUUUUUUGGGAGUUAUUGUGGAUCUGAGAUUCUAUAGGUUUGAGCCCGAUCUGAGUGUACCCUUAUUUAUUUAUUAUCUAUCAGCCAUUGCAUAAUAGUUCAUUAUUUUAUAAACCUAAUGUCAUUGUCUUUUGGCCUUA